AUGGUAAACCUCUCGGUGAUUCACGACUGGCCUCAUACGCUGAACAUGAUCCCGUCUCUAAGGGUUAUCAGUCUUAGUGGUUGUUCGCUUCAGAGCGCAAACCAAUCGCUUCCGUACCUCAAUCUUACAAGACUUGAGAAGCUUGAUCUUUCCUCGAACAAUUUUGACCACUCAAUUGCAAAUAGUUGGUUUUGGAAAGCCACAAGCCUCAAGUACCUCAAUCUUCAGGCCAACAGAUUAUCCGGCCAAUUUCCCGACGCACUAGGAAACAUGACAUCCCUUCAAGUCCUUGACGUGUCAACAAAUUGGAACAAGUACUUGAUGAUGACAGGAAACCUGAAGAAUCUUUGCAGUCUGAACAUUCUAGACUUCAGCAAUAAUGAAAUAAAUGGAGAUAUAGCAGCCAUGAUGGGGGGUUUGCCAGAAUGCGCAUGGGAAUCUUUGCAAGAGCUAGAUUUCAGCUACAACAGUUUCACUGGAACAUUGCCAAAUUUGAUAGGUACAUCCAGCAGCUUGAGCGGACUUAAGCUCAACAACAACAACCUCACCGGAAGUAUACCACCGGGCAUUGGGUAUUUAACAUGCUUAGCUGCCCUUGACCUUUCGAACAACCGCUUCAGUGGAAACGUACCCUUUGAAAUUGGUUCCCUAACUAAUCUAUCUUCUUUGGAUCUAAGCAACAACAACUUCAGUGGUAUUGUGCCUUCUGAAAUUGGCGCCCUUAGUGAUCUGACUUCUUUGGUCCUAAGCAAGAACAACUUUAGUGGUGUGAUCACGGAAACACAUUUUGCAGGGACACUGCCAUCAAAUCUUGAAGCUGUGCAACUGCAAACAUUAAUCAUGUAUUCAAAUCAAAUUGGUGGUAGCAUUCGAGAAUCUAUGUGUAAACUACAAAUGCUGGGAGAUCUAGAUUUAUCAAGCAAUCUUUCGAAGGGUGGAAUUCCUCAGUGCUUUGAGAACAUAUCCAUAUCGCACCUACUAUUAAGCAACAAUAGUUUAUCGGGUACAUUCCCAACAUUUCUGCAGAAUCGAAACAGUCUCGAGUUUCUUGAUCUUGCAUGGAAUAAGUUCUAUGGAAGGAUACCAACAUGGAUAGGAGAGCUCACAGGAUUACGGUUUGUGCGACUAAGUCACCACAGGUUCUCUGGGACUAUUCCUGCUGAAAUAACGGCUCUUAGUUAUGUUCAAUACUUGGAUCUAUCAGGAAAUAACAUAUUUGGUGUUAUACCUUUGCAUUUGUCAAACCUAACAGGUAUGAUCAGGAAGGGCUUCAUACCUAUAUCCAGUACAAGUAUUGCUCCAGCUGGCUUGGGUUCAGUAACUGUAACAGGUCAAUUUGGAGCGAUCUUGUCAAUAAUCACAAAUGGGCAAGAGCUUAAAUAUGGCGGCACCCUUGCAUAUUUUGUGAGCAUUGAUUUAUCCGGCAACUCCUUAACUGGUGAAAUUCCCACGGAUAUCUCUUCCCUUGAUGCACUGAUAAAUCUGAAUUUGUCAUCAAACCACCUGAGAGGAAACAUUCCUACCAAGAUUGGCGACCUACGGUCAUUAGAGUCUCUUGACCUCUCUCGGAACAAGCUUUCCGGUGAAAUCCCGUCGAGCUUGUCAAGUUUGACAUCUCUGAGCUAUUUGAACAUGUCUUAUAAUAGUUUGUCUGGAAGGAUACCAUCAUGCCACCAACUUGACACCCUAAGUGCCGACAACCCAGCACUUAUGUACAUUGGCAACAACGGACUUUGUGGGCCUCCUCUUCAUAAGAAUUGUUCAGGAGAUACCAUUGUCCAUGAUCAUCUUGGAAGCAGCAACCAGGAAUUUGAGCCGCUGACCUUCUAUUUUGGUCUUGUGCUGGGACUUGUAGCGGGUCUCUGGAGUGUGUUUUGUGUAUUCCUGUUCAAGAAGACAUGGAGGAUUGCUUAUUUUCGACUCUUUGACGACCUAUGUGACAAAAUCUAUGUAUAUGUGGUUGUUAAGUGGACAAGCUUCACAUGGAAGGCAGGCGAAGAAUAA